ACUGACAAGACAUGAAUGAUUUAUUGAGAACAGAUUAUAUCUCAUAUAUUUGAAAAGCAAUAUUUUCAUGUUUUGCCUUCCAUUUUUGUAUAGAAAUCUAAAUAUAUUUACAGGAACAAAUAGUGAAAUAUGAAUUUAGCUUUAAGGCAAGUUCUAACGAGGCAAUCAUUUCGAUUAUGUGACAGAUAUGCGCACAAAAAUGUAGCAAAACAAAUUCCGCUAACCUCACAAUGUUCUGUUAUACAAUACUGUAAAUAUUCUGAUAAUCCAACGGAGUCGCGUAGACUGCCGCAGUUGAUGGAGUUCCCGCCUGUCGUGUGGCCUUCGUUCAUAAAGUUCGUCAAGAAUUGGAUGUUUUCAAAUUUUAUUAUCAGACCUUAUUUUGAUCAAGAAUUCAGUCUCGGCGAAUUUAUAGAAGCUUCGAAGCAUGCAGUUCAGGUUGUUUCAGACGCCUUACAACAAAGCGAUUUCAAGGCAUUGGAAGGUCUGGUGGAGAAGGAUGCGAUCGCUGCAUUGAAAACUGCCGUCUCCAAGCUGUCUGUCUCACAGAGACAAUUACUUGCCAUUGACAAGGAGGAUAUAUUUUAUGCCUUCCCGUACCAGGUGGGAGUUAUGUUUGAUGACUCGGAUAAAAGAUGGGUGGAGAUCACUAUGUGCUAUCAUGUGCUAAGAGGUCUAAAGCACAUGAAGGAGAGUGGGGACCUGCCACCAGUCUCAUUGGGUGUGCAGCCAGAGUACCAGGACAAUAUUUUCAUACUAAACUACAGAUUUAUCAGAGAGUUCACUAAAGGAGUAGAAGACAGUUGGUGGGUGAACAUAGUCAAUCAUUUUCAACCACACACAAUUGUCAAGAAAAUGUAAUAGUAGCAUCACAACUGAUAUAAUGCAGCCUAAGUCCAGUGUUAAAUAAAAUAUAAUUGUUUAAAA